GACUACUUGCACUGCUUGCAUCACUGAAAGCUACUUCAGUUCAGUUGCAAGGUCGAUUAGCCUUCCCGGACUGACCAUGCAAAGCCACGUUCGGCAGCUGCGUUGUCCUAAGCAAGGGAGAUCAUGUGGGUGGCGCUCACUCCGUCUUCCAAACCUUCGGAGCUCGGAUGUGGGCCCCAAAUUAGGCCAGCCAGUGUCAAGAGAUGGCCGAAGUCCGCUUGCCGGUUCAGAUGAGCUUCCUCUGCUGGGCAAGCGCAUCAUCGUUACAGCGCCUCGCCAGUACUCCCAGAAGCUGUCAUCCAAACUGAUUAACGCCGGCGCCCGGCCGCUGGUGGUGCCGGGGGUGGCCAUCACGGAACUGGAGGGGGCGGAGCUGGAGCAGAUGCGCGGCUACCUGCGGGCCCUGCUCGCCGACCCGCACCCAGCCUCCUCGCUGUCGCACAUCGCCUUCACCAGCAAGAACGGCAUCUUCGCGCUCCUGGAUCAACUGGCGGCAGUAGCAGGAGGCGUGGAAGCAGCUUGCGGCUGGCUGCGACGCAGCGGGUUGCGGCUGUGUGCCCUGGGUGCUGACGGGGAGGUGCUGGUUGGGCUGGGGCUGGAGGUGCACGUGUCGCCGCCGGAGGCCUCAACACUGGGUCUAGUGCGGGAGCUGGAGCGUCGGGGCGAGGCGGCAGGAGCGCGUGUGCUGUGCCCCGUGCCGCGGGUCACAGGCGGGCUGGUGGAGCCGCCGGUGGUGCCCCGCUUCCUCAAAGCCCUGGAGGACGCGGGCGCGGUGCCUGUGCGACUGGACGCCUACCUCACACGCCUGGGCUGCCGGCCGGACGGGUGCGGGCUGGAGCGGGCGGCACUGCAGGGCGGGCACGUGCACGCCGUGGUUUUCAGUUCCACGGCGGAGGCCCAGGGGCUGCUGCAGCUGAUGGGCGGUGCCGAGGCGUUCGGGGCGGCGGUGGCGGCGCACGGCGUGACACUGGCGGCGCACGGGCCUUACACCGCGGCGGGCGCGGCGGCGGUGCUUGGGCUGCCUGUGCCGGUGGUGUCGAAGAACUUUUCCACCUUUGACGGAGUUGUGGCGGCGCUGGAGGAGCACUUCACACAGGCCGGUCAGCAGCAGCGGUAGCAUGGGUAGCAGAGGCGAAGGCAGGAUGGGAUAGAGAAGCGGGGCAAGGAGGGAGCGGGAGCCGGAGGGUGGAGUCAAGGGAGGACUCACCAGGUCCGUUGUGCCUCCCUGUGUGACGUGAGGAGUUAAAGUGGUUGCGGCCAGUCCGCCAAUCGUGUGCGAAGCCACUGUAGAUGCACGAGCCUAAUCAUGGACUGAUGCGGAAGCGGAAGUACUGGCAUGUGCGAGUUUGGGGGGUGGGGGAGGUCAUCGCGUGGCGUUGCUGCCGUGUUUUGUUUGUGCGGUGGAUGUGGACGUUAGGUUGUCUAUUAUGGCACCCCUGCGUUUCACUCAAGCCACGGGCUGGUCGGUUGACCUCUGAUGUCAAGGAGCUUAACAGGGGUCGGUGGGGUUGGCCGACGUUGCAUGGGGCGCCGCCCGUACGUUGCAUGGGUCGACUGGCCGCCCAUAAAUUGGAACAGUUUGCUGUUCUUGCAUACA